AUGGAGCUCGUAAUCGCCCACCUGCAUCAUGUCCGGACCCUCCAGAUCAUGGUUACGGGGGUCCCUAAUGACAUAGCGGAACAGCUCAACAUCCCGGCACCGAUUUUGGAAAGGUUCGCGCUCAACUACGCGCAAUCCUGCGAUAAUAUUGCCGGCAAUUCGCUUUUCCGUGGUGAUACGCCUAAUUUGCGCGUCCUGCGCCUCAGUCAUACCACGCCACGCAUGGAGGAUAUGAGCUUGAGUGCGCUUCAGCACUUGAACAUCACCGAGCCGAGCAGGGACCUGCUCGGUCGGGAUUUGUCAUAUUCCGAGGACACCGUGACGAAUCUCGACGACUACGCAAUACGGCGCCAUGGGUUGGAUAAGGUGCUACUGAAGCACCUUCAAGGCCUCGAGCUCGUCGCGACACUGGACCGCUGUGCUCUCCUGCUGGAGCAGCUUGACCUACCUUCUCUGGGCGUGCUCAACGUUUCGACCUACACACAGGACGGCAACCCGGACCACAUCGCCGCGAUCGCACAGAGGAUCCCUCUUCCGGAUAAAAUUCAGGCUCUGUGCAUCGCACUUCCUGAGUACGGAUCCGUUACCAAGAUCUUGCUGUUCUUCCCGCGAUACUCGCCCGGUUGCCUCUUCAACACGUCCGCGAACUACAAAUCAUGGGCGGAUUCGUAUCCAUAUCUGUAUGGGACAUCAUCUGCAAGGCGGUACCAGAUGUCACCAAAUUGACCGUAUGGGGGUUGCUCGCCCCACGCCUUCUCCCGCAGGUCCUCGCGCCCGACUGUCCGAAAUUGUUCAACGAGGAAGAUGAUGGAAUGUACCUCCCCCAUCUGAGUAACGUCUGGCUUAGAGGCGCUUCCUUCGGAAUCCCGGAGCCAGGU